UCGGAAUUAUUUUGUUGAUGGACAGAGGAAGAAAUAACGUGACAGUCGGCACAAGGUGUGGGUUGGGGGUUACAUUGGAAGUUUAAGACACUUUAACACAAGCAGGCACCAUUCUUUUACCUAAAAAUGGCCUCACGGAGUUAUAUUGCUUGUGUGCUGUGUCAGAGGGCGGUCCAGUUGAAGAUGACGUACAGGGGAAUGAGUACAGCUGCACAUCAGCAACCCCAGGUAGAUUUCCUUAAAGGAGCACUACACAGAAAGCACCCCGGUGUGACCAACCUCAAUACUCUUCGCUUACCUGAGGAGCUCCAGGUGGCUGCACUUUCAGUUAUCCAUAGAGCUCAGAUUAUGCGGCUGCAGGAACGUACUCAGAGCCUCACAAAUUUCCUGUGGAGCAGAAAAAGAGCAAUUGAAGAUGUUACCCUGAAGCAGAAAGCCAUAAGUCUGGAGAAAGAACUAUGGGAGAAGGAAAUGGCGAAGAGAGGAGAUAUUGAUGAACAAGCAGUGGAAGACCGCAUUAGAAAAAAAGUUCUUUCAGAGCUCAGAAGAACAACAUAUCAUUGGACUCCCUUGAAGUAUGAUGAGGAUCUGGGUGUGGUGUACAUGGCUGCUCGCCUGGCCGGGGCUUACGCAGCAGUGAGGAGAGCUUUAAAUGAGAUCAAGAAGCGAGACUCUUGUUUUACUCCUCAUUCUCUCCUGGAUUUUGGGUCUGGGUUGGGCACAGUUGUCUGGGCAUCACACUCUUGCUGGGGGGACUCUUUGAAGGAGAUGGUGUGUGUGGACAGCUCGGGACCAAUGAACACACUGGCAGAGCGACUUCUCAAAGGUGAUGAUGAAAGAGGCGAACCUCACAUAAAACACGUGUAUUUCAGGCAGUUCCUCCCUGUCUCUCCUAAGGUGCAGUUUGACGUUGUGGUUGCAGCUUUUACUCUGUCAGAGCUUCCCAAUGUGAAGGAUCGAGAAGAUGCAGUGUUCACUCUGUGGAGAAAGACGAGCUCCUACCUGGUUUUGGUGGAAAAUGGGACCAAAGAAGGCCAUCAGAUGCUCAUGGAGGCCAGAGACACUUUACUAAAUAAACAAGAGAAGACUGUCAUUGACCCCAGACCAGCGUCGGUGUUUGCCCCGUGUCCUCAUGAACUCAUGUGUCCAAAACUGGCUCAUGCUCCCAUCGUCCCCUGUAACUUCCAGCAGAUGUACCACCCUCUGCCACUGCCUGGGCACAAUGAGCAACUGAUGGAGAAGUUCAGUUAUCUGAUUCUGACUCGAGCAGACCAAGCGAAGGUAGAAACACAAAGAGAUGUGGAGUGGGCCAGGCUGAUUGCACCGGUGCAGCCCCGAUCCAGACACGUCCACUGUCGGAUGUGCUGCCCAGAUGGACAGCUACAACAUUUGGUGGUGACGGCACGGAAACACGGCAGAGAUGUGUACCGCUGCGCCCGCAACAGCAACUGGGGAGAUCAGGUACCAGUUAUUCAGAAAGCAGAAGAAGACAUUCUCAGUGAUUCAGAAAGAUGAUUCAAAUGAGGAAGAGGAAAAAUUUUUCAAGAACUUAUAGUUAACCUACAAAUCUGUCUGCUUCCUGGAACUGGUAAAACAUUAAAUAUGUUUUAUAGGUGUUGUAUGGUCAUCAAGAAUACUUUAAUAAAAUCAGAAUUCAGUUGUACUUUCUUAUUCCAGUUUUAUUGUGCACCAGUGUUCAGAAAACAAAGUUCUGACGACCUGC